GCCAGUGUAUCUCUGACGACCGGCACGAGAGGCAAAGACAACUGUUAUAGUACCAAAAAUAAAUAUCAUUCAAAAUGUACAAAAUUUUGAUCCUUUCCGUUUUUGCUUUGGCGAACGCCGCCCCGGCAGCCCAUUCUCAUGAGGGAGCCUGCCCUGAGUCCAAACCAGUUGAAAACUUCAACUUAACUGCUUACCAAGGAGUGUGGUAUGAAAUUUCCAAGAUCCCAAUCCCAUCAGAGGGUGGUGGUCAAUGCGCUCAGGCUGAAUACACCCUGGCUGGUGACGAAGUCAAACUGAGGAACAGCCACGUCAUCGGCGGUGAACAGAAAUACAUCGACGGUGUAGCCAAGCCUGCUCCUGAUGCUGGCAACACUGCCCAGUUAAUCGUCACCUUCCAGUUCGGAGAUAUCACUACUAACUCACCUCUGAGCGUAUUGGCAACUGACUACGAAAACUACGCUAUUGCCUACAACUGCAAGUUCGACGAGAAGGCUAACACUCACAAGGAACAAGCUUGGAUCCUCUCAAGGUCCAAGGUCUUGGAAGGAGAACCCAAGGCUGCCGUCGACACUUUCCUGAAGGACAACGCCAACCUGAUUGACUCUUCAAAACUCGUAGCCACCGACUUCUCCGAGGAGGCAUGCAAAUACACAUCUUCAAGUCAGAUGACCGGACAAAUCGCCAAGCCUUGAAUUGCCAUAGAGUAUUAAAACCUAGGAGUAAAAUAUUCAUAAUGCCUUCACCACGAGAGCAGUUCUGAUCAUUCGAUUAUGAGCUUUAUUUUAAAGAUAGUAGAACAUAUAUCUGUCAUUUUUGUGUUUAGAACUCUGUCGUGGUUAAGGUCUCUUCUUUUAUUAACAUUACAGUGUAACAUGACAAUAUUCCAAUUUUGAUAAAGUGACGUGGAACUCCUUAGAACCUCGUUGUAACUUUGACAAAUCCACCAUUUUGAAUUCGAGAAUGUUCUAAACAUCUUUGUACCAGUUUCCCGUAACUUUAUCAAUUAGAAACAAUACGACAUCAUUUAUAAUCAAUAACGUCACUUUAUAGCAACAAUUUUCACCUAAAUUGUUACUAUGUUUGGCUAAUAUUUUAUAUUGUUUAAUAAAGCGACCAUUUGACGUUUAUUAUAUACCUAUUUAACAUUCAUUAUCAGAUAACAUGUAAUCGUGAUGGUAAUCAGGCGCUUGUGAUACAUAGGUACGCACUUAGUGUAUUAAAACUACUGUUAAUUGGAUAUAACAUUUUCUAUAUAA